AUGGACGGCAUCAUACACAGGGCGUAUUGGAUCGCUCUCUCAACGUUUGGUCACCGUUUUCGACUUGAUUACGCUCCUUCCAAACCUUCGAUCCCUCGUCGGCCGGACCUGGACCCUCUUUCCCAGCUUCCGAGCGUGGCUAUUGACUUUGACCGUGCCGCCAAGGCAACGAGGAAAGAGGAAAAAAACGACGAGCAACAACCGCGUCUGUUCGGCAGCUCGUGA